GUACUAUAUGAGUUGACAACUGUACAAGACAUCCUAUUGAAGACAGUUCUGUAUUAUACACCAACGCACAAUCCAGACUCGCAAAAAUCACGACUUUUCGAAUUGUUUGUAAAUUUCUACUAUGAUUCUACUCCAAUUAAACAGCAUCCAUACAGAAUGAACGCAACAAAACAGAAUCAUCUAAAAGAAGAACUUCAGUAUUUGUUGGACAAUAAUUUCGUUGAACCAAGUAACAGUGAAUGGAGUUCUCCAUGUCCUGUUGUGGGACAGGGUCAAGUAAAACCUAUUGAUGCUAAGGAACGUAUCAGGCAAUGUGUUUUUACUUGUAAGAAAAUUGAGAGUGAUUUAAAUCAGGUACGAAAGUUUCUGGGCGCGAACUUAACCGCCGAACUGUAUACGGAAGUGCAGGUGCUCUUCACGCAUGCGCAUGACAGAAGUUUUUCUGAAAGUAAACAUUCACAACGUGAGAAGUUUGACAAGCUUUUGGCGAACAGAAAUGGAACUGAGAAAGACGUUGACAGCACUCGAGGGAUCAACACAGACAAGUGGGUUGUUAACCUAUCCGAUCGUACCCUACAUGAGGACGAGAAGAGCGUCUUAAAACGAGGUAUGAACAUUUGUGUUACCCCUCCCACUGUACCUGUAAAUGAGAUUAUUGCUUCCACAGAGGCGGCUUGUUCACAGAUGAAUGACAAAUCGGCAGCUGAUAGUCUACGAGCUGAAGUCGUGAAAGUGCUGAUUUAUUUAUUUAUUUUUGGUGAACGUAAGGCAUUGUACACCUUAGGCAAAGAGAAGGAUAUCGUCAUUCUACCGGCGGACAAGGGUAGGACUACUGUAGUCCUCAAUAGGUCGGAAUAUGAGAAAAAAAUGGACAGGUUAGUGAAAGAUAGAGACACAUAUGAACCCCUGAAAAGUGAUCCAACACGGUCGGUGAAGAAUAUACUUAUAAAUUUAUUGAAAAAUUGGAAAAAAGAUUCCUCCAUAUCUGACAAACUGUACAACAGACUCUAUCCAACAUCUGAAAAUGUUCCCAAACUCUAUGGUCUCCCAAAAAUACACAAAAAGGAUGCCCCACUGCGACCGAUUGUCUCAAGCAAUAGAAGUGUAAUGUAUGACACUGCAAAGUACCUAGCGUCAGUAAUCGGUCCAUUGACAGGUAAAACACAGCACCACAUUAUCAAUAGUGUUCAUUUUGUGCAGAAAAUUCAGGGACUAGAGGUACCACCGGGACAGAAAUUAGUAUCAUAUGACGUUUCUGCACUUUUUACCAGUAUACCUGUAGAAAAGGCACUUGAAGUCCUUAGAAUGAGACUAGAGAAAGAUAAGAACUUGAAUGACAGAUGCGAACUCAAUGUUGAUCAGGUCAGUGAACUUUUAGAACUUUGUCUUACAAGUACGUACUUUGUAUACCAAGGCAAGUACUACCAACAGAAACAGGGAGCGGCCAUGGGGUCUCCAGUCUCCCCUAUAGUUGCUAAUCUGUACAUGGAGUUCUUUGAACGCCAGGCACUAGACCAAGCCAAGAACCCCCCAUCACUGUGGGUAAGAUAUGUUGAUGAUACCAUGACAAAGAUACAUGAGUAUGACAUUGACCAGUUCACGGAACAUCUGAACUCCAUAGACCCGCACAUAAAGUUCACUUCAGAACAAGAAGAGGAUGGGAAGAUACCAUUUUUAGAUACUUGUAUUCAUGUAGAGGACGAUGGCUCAACAAGAGUAACAGUUUACAGAAAGCCCACACAUACUGACCAAUAUCUUAAUUUCAAUUCAAACCACCACUUGGAACACAAAAGGUCAGUGGUAAGAACCUUGUUACACAGGGCCAACACACUUGUGACUAACGAAUCAGACAAGAAGAAGGAAAUUGAACACGUAAAAACAGCGUUACGUGCGAAUGGAUACCCUGAGUGGAUUUUUCAGCUUCCCAACAAAAAAUCUCAACAGGACAAGACUUAA